UGCACUUCUUCAUAUAUUCAAGAUUAAUAUUAAAGUCACAAUGUGUACGAUUUAGCCACUCCCAGUAAGUAGGCAGGACACCUUCAGAAAACUAAGGCCCCGUCCACACAGAGCCAAUUUUUUGGUGAAACGAACAAAGUCUCAUCCGUUCUGGCCGACUGUCCAGACGGAGCCGGCGGAUCCGGUGCCCGAAAAUGCACUUUUCUGAAACCAGGUGCCAGGGUGGAUUCAAAUAAAACCGGACCUAUGCGGUUUAGUGUUAGGAUUCGUGUGGACGCCUGAAACGCAAACGAUGACGUCAUCGCCCCCCUACCAGCUUGGCAACGUUAGAGUUGCAUUGAUUUUUGAUUUGUACUAUUUUUUAUCAUGCAUUCACGCAAUGACUCCGUCUUUACGGAGAUAUUCCUGAAACGCAUCAAAGGAAAACGGAAGGGAAAAGAUCGUUCCCGUGUGGACGGGGCAGAAAACACAGUAAUCAAAUCUGUCCAAUCGAACUGCCUUUGCAACUCGUUUCCAGGCGAGAAACACAAGCAAAGAUCCCCGACAUCAGGAACAUGAUUGGUCAAAACAAGUUAGGAGCUAAUUUGAACUAGGUGGUACGGUAUAAACGGUUCUGACGGUAUACCGGUGUGAAUUUUCGCUACGGUAGGGAUUUUGACGUUACCGCGGGACCGGUGUGACAAGUAGAUGAACACUUUCUUUUUUUCCCCCUUUUAUUUUGACGAGCGCAGAAGCAAUGACAUCAUCACAAUGCGUCCAGGCAGCCCGCGUAAGCAUCACAAUGUUUACAAACAUAUCCAUGUGCACAACAUGCACGAGAGAACGGCAGUGGCUUAACAGACGGAGAUAUGGCUGAAAGCACAGCACGCGAGGAAGAGGUGCAGUUGGUGAAAAAGAAGGGUUCACAUUCCAUUAUCUGGACAUGGUUUGGUUUUAAAGUGUGAGACACCGAGCAGAAAACUGUCAACUGCAAAUUGUGCAAGAAAACAGUGGUGGCAAACUGCGGUAAUACCACUAACCUUUUCCAUCACUUACAAAGAAAUCACGUGUUGGAAUAUGAACAAAGAGAGCCAAAGGAUUGCGGCCUCCGCAGACUAGCAGCGGGAAGAAAAGAGCUGUCUCGGCGUCUCAAACAUCACUCACGCAGGUAUUUUCCAGAGGCAGUCAUUACGACAAAAAAAGCCAGCGGUGGAACGAGGUAACAAACACCGUCACUGUUUACCAAGAUGUGGUUCCAUUUCAAACGGUCAAUCGAAAGGGAUUCAAAGAUAUGGUCAAGGCACUGGAUCCCAGGUACGUGUUACCUGCGCGAACACAUUUCAGUCAAAUUGAGAUGCCGAAACUGUACGUCAAGGUCCGCAAGCAAGUGGAGAAAGAAAUCCGAAACAUCGAACAUUAUGCAACGACCACUGACUUAUGGUCAAGUCGGACAAUGGAGCCUUAUCUAAGUUUGACCAUCCAUUUCAUCAACAACAAGUGGGAGUUGUGCAGCAAGUGUUUACAAACGUCAUGUUUCCCCGAUGACCACACUUGGAGAUGCAAUCGCCCAAGGCUUGAGGGAAUCGCUUGAAUCAUGGGGACUUAAAGAAGAGUCGCAAGUAUGCAUCACCACCGACAAUGGCGCAAAUGUUGUGAAGGCAGUGGCACUGAACGACUGGACCAGAUUGCAGUGCUUUGGCCACCGGCUGCACCUCGCCAUCGAGAGAAGUGCCAGAGAGCCUGUUGUUGAACGUGCAGUCGGCAUAUGUAAGAAGAUUGUGAGUGCGUUUUCCUACUCAUGGAAAAGGAAGAGAGAAUUGGCUGAUGCCCAGGCUGAACUUCGACUACCUCCUCACCGCUUCAUUACCGAAACGCCAACCAGAUGGGGAUCUCGCCAGAAAAUUAUCCAAAGGGUGAUCGAAAUGGAAAAAGCCAUAUCUCAGGUCCUUAGGGCUGAAAGGAAAACCUGGCACCUGGUGCCAUCAUGGCAAGAGAUGGAUGUUCUGGAGUCAGUGAGCAAGACCCUUGGCCCCCUGAUUGAGUUCACUGAUGCACUCUCCGGAGAAGAAUAUGUCAGUGUAUCAUACCUCAAACAUGUGCUCCAUCUUCUCAACAACACUGUCCUGACUCCAGCUGAAGAUGACACAGACCUGACAAAGGAUAUGAAGAAGUCCAUCCUCAAGUAUUUAAAUGAAAAAUACUCUGAGGCUGCCACAGAUGACCUGCUAGACAUGGCCUUCCUCCUAGAUCCAAGUUUCAGAGCAACAUACAUCGCAGAUGACAGGAAAGAAUAUGUAAAAAAUAAAGCUGCAGCAGAGAUUCGGUCCCUCCGGUCUUCGGGAGCGGGCCUUCUUUCAUUGCCGAAGGUUAAAAAGAAAACGGCUGGACAGAGAGUGUUUGCCUAUCGAGCCCCCUUCCUAUGGAAUAGGCUGCCAUCAGUGAUCAGGGAAGCUGACUCUGUGGAGCUAUUCAAAGGAAAGCUCAAAACGCACCUCUAUAAUCUUGCAUUUGGAGUGUGAAAACGACAGAUGCGAAGUGAAGACUACUCUGUUUGCUUGUGCUUUUCUUAAUACAUUAUACAUUCCCACUAUGUACUUUUCCGCUCUAAUUCACUAUUCUGUCUGUUCUAGCGUGUUGCGGGUACUGGACUGGAUGCCUGGACUCUCCUCAUGGAACCGGCCAGAACCCCAUCACCAUUUUAAUAUGAUGUGCAUGUAUUUACCUGUAUGUCAAUUGUGGCACCCAUUGCACUCCUGACCAUCCCUGGAAGAAAGGAUCCCCUACACUGCGUUUCUUCUCAAGAUUUCUUCCUUGCUGAUUCAAGGGAGUUUUUUCUUGCCCGUGUGGGGGCAUGGGUAAAGGGGUGUGUCACAAAUA